AUGAAUUUACUCGCCAAAGCGAAAUUGUCCAUUAGAGGUGGCCUUUGCCCCUUUCGAUCCAUCGCAGUACUUCAACAAUGGAGUUUAUACUGUACCAAAACAGAUUCGUUCAGCCCCAUAACCCAACAAUCGGCAGAGAAUCUCAGAGCCCAGAAGCCCUCUGAUUCGAGCCUUCCUCCAAUGAUGAUCAAGGAACCGAAAGGUUUGGCAAUAGAUCUUCAGUUGCAACCUCGGUAUGGCAACACCGUGAAUUUGAAAGACCGCGUGAAAACCCCUGCCCGUCUCGAGUACGACGCUGAUGGGAAAUGCUUGGCCACGGUUUUGAUUCUCCAGGAUGAUGACGGCGAUUGUGGCAGUCGGUUGUUCCCCGUUGUAUUCGAAGGCAAUUUGGCUCAGUUGGCCUGGCGCCUUAAGGAGAAUGAUCGUGUUGAUACUUCGCUGAGAAUGGGUCCCACAAGGUUCGUCUUGGAUUUGUGGAGGAAUCUUUUGAAAAGCCCAAACAGUGGUGGGAUUAUCGUGGUCACAAGUCUAAUGGGCUAG